GAGUCAAUUUCCACAAAUAUACACACUUAACUAGAUAUUUUAUUUUCUACAUCAUUCUUAAUAUUCAAAAAACUUUAUCAAUGGUUAAUGAUACUUCCUUCAUGAAAAUUAUAAACAUGGUUUGUACAAAAACCAACUUGUUGUUUGCCUUACAUAUUGUACUCUGUACAUCAAUAUCUUGUACACGGGCCUCAAGCAUCAUAUCAGCAAACCAAACAGUUAAAUAUGGCGAAACCAUCGUUUCACCACAACAAAAAUUCGAACUUGGUUUCUUUACUCGUAACUCCACAAAUUUUUAUGUCGGAAUUUGGUACCAUAAAAUAUCAAACAGGAGUACCAUCGUAUGGGUAGCCAACAGAAACAGACCGCUCACCGAUAACUCCAGCGAGCUAACUCUCACUGUCCAUGGAAUUCUAGUGCUCCGAGAUUCAAUGGGCAAUGAAGUAUGGUCUUCUGCAAACUCAUCAACUAAGUCAGUACAGAAUCCGAUUGGUCAGCUUCUAGAUACGGGCAACUUUGUAAUAUACGAUGAAGUUGACAUCAAGCAAGAAAAUCCUAUAUGGCAAAGUUUUGACUAUAUGACUGACAACUUUCUUCCAGGAAUGAAGCAUGGAUGGAAUUUGGUUACUAGGAUGGAAAGACAUUUUACAUCAUGGAAAUCUGAUGAUGAUCCUGCUUCCGGUGAGUUUACUUCAUGGCUUGAUAAGAGAGGUUUUCCUCAGAUGAUCAUAACAAAUGGCAAAGGAAUAAAAUUCCGAGCUGGUCCAUGGAACGGACUCAGGUUUACUGGGAUUCCAGGAAUGAGAACGAACCGAAUUUUCAGCUUUGGGUUUGUUCUUAAUCAAAAAGAAAUUUACUUCCAAUAUAAUCUUAUAAGUGAUUCAGUUUACACAAGAGUGGUGUUGCAGCCUAGUGGUACUAUGGAGCGUUUGUUAUGGAUUGAUAGCAAGCAAGAAUGGGACCUUUAUUCGGCCCCAGAGAAGGAUCACUGUGAUGAAUAUAACGUGUGUGGGCCAUUUGCGAGCUGCAACAUUAAUAACAGCCCUGUUUGUGAUUGUUUGAAGGGGUUUGAAGCCACUUCACCUGAACAGUGGAGGGUGGCUGAUUGGUCACAAGGGUGUCGACGUAAGAUCCCUAUGGAUUGUGGACCUGGGGAAGGGUUCAAAGAGUACUUCAAUUUGAAGUUACCUGACACUCAAGGGUCUUGGUAUGACCAGUCCAUGACUAUUAAAGAAUGUGAAAGGAUGUGUAAAAGCAAUUGUUCCUGUACUGCUUACACAAAAUCGAACAUCUCUGGGACUGGAAGUGGUUGCUUGAUGUGGUUUGGUGAACUAAUUGAUAUGAGAACAUUUGAUGAAAAUGGGGACAGUCUUUUUAUACGAUUGCCACCUUCGGAGCUAGAAAACAGUAAGAGCUCAAGCACCGGAAGACAAGUACGAGUUAUUCUCCCUAUUGCCUCUGUAGUUUUGGUCUUACUAGUGUCCUUAUGCUUAUUUUAUCGGUUUAAAAGGAAGAGGCAAAAACAAGAAGGGACAAAUGGAAACGAGUCUGGAGAUGAUAAUGAUUAUGAAAAUGCAAAUGGAAAUAAUGAUCUAGAGCUACCAAUAUGGAGCUUGUCUACAUUAGUUAAAGCUACUAACAACUUUUCAAUGAAAAAUAAGCUUGGAGAGGGCGGUUUUGGGCCUGUUUACAAGGGUGUACUUGAGGAUGGGCAAGAAAUAGCAGUGAAAAGGCUAGCUAAAACAUCUACUCAAGGACUUCCGGAAUUCAAGAAUGAAGUUAUCUUAAUAUCUAAAUUACAACACCGAAAUCUCGUCAAGCUCUUGGGUUGCUGCAUUAAGGGAGCAGAAAAGAUGUUGAUAUAUGAAUACUUGCCAAACAAAGGACUCGACACCUUCAUAUUUGAUAAAACUCAAAGCAAAGUACUUGAUUGGUCUGCACGAUACCGCAUUAUCAAUGGAAUUGCUCGUGGACUUCUUUAUCUUCACCAGGACUCCCGGCUCAGAAUCAUCCAUAGAGAUCUCAAACUCAGUAAUAUUUUGCUUGACUCGGAUAUGAACCCAAAGAUAUCAGAUUUUGGCAUGGCCAGAAGCUUUGGAGGAAAUCAGAUGGAGGCAAACACAAACAGGAUAGUUGGAACAUAUGGCUACAUGGCACCAGAGUAUGCAGGGGAUGGUAUCUUUUCCGUAAAAUCGGACGUAUAUAGCUUUGGUGUCUUACUGAUGGAAAUUGUGUGCGGGGAGAAAAAUAGAGUAUCCGUCCACAAUGAACAUAACAGAAGUCUUAUUGGACAUGCAUGGGAACUACAUAAAGAAGGCAGAUCCCUGGAACUAGUUGCCAAGUGUGUACGUGAAUCAAUCAAUGUAUCACAAGUUGUACGAUCAAUCCACGUGGGUUUGCUGUGUGUUCAAUGUCGACCAGAAGACAGACCAACCAUGACUUCUGUCAUUCUGAUGUUGGGGAGCGAGAGUCCAUUGCCUCCGCCACAAAAACCAGGUUUUUUCAUUGGAAAAAGUCCAGACAAUAAUACCACACAUACUUCAAGCUCAUAUGCAACAAGUUCUACCAAUAAUGCACAUAGCUUUACAAUGUUGAAUGGUAGAUGAUGUAUCUUCAUAUCUCACAAUAAUGUUCAAUCCAUAUGAUGUUACUUCAUAUCUCAAGUAGUUUUUGUUCAAUCAAUAUCAUUCGUACU